AUGGGGGCAGAUGUAACAAAGGAUGAAGUGACAGCCACCAUGAGUGAAGGCUCCUCGAGCAUGAGCCUGAAAGCCCCUCAACGCCGUGACAACUCUUACAAGGUAGUCAUGGCCGACACACCAUCUUCACCAAAUACGGUCGCCCUCAACCAGGAUGGCCGAGACUAUUCCUACUUCGCCAAAGUCAAAGUCGGCUCCCAGGAUCAGGACAUGUACAUGAUGCUGGACACGGGGGGCGUCAACACAUGGCUCUUUUCUGCGGACUGCAAAUCCACCGCCUGCUCGCUGCACAACACGUUCGGGAAGAAGGAGUCCUCGAGUCUCGAGACAUCCGACGAGGACUGGCACGUCGGCUACGGGACAGGAACCGUCAGCGGCGUCGUCGGGACCGACAACAUCACCAUCGGCGACGUGGACGUCCGGCUACCGAUUGGCCUGGCGUCCAAGGCAUCGGACGACUUCCGAUCCUACCCCAUGGACGGGAUCAUCGGGCUUGGGCGCGCCGAGGAGGGCUCCUUCGGGCAGCCGACGUUCAUGGACCAGGUCAAGAAGGAGAAGGUGCUUGACUCGAACAUCAUCGGCUUCAGCUUCUCGCGCAGCUCCGACGAUGAAAAGAACGGCGCCGUGACGAUCGGCGGGGUGGACAAAUCUCGAUACUCGGGGGAUAUCGCCUACACCGACACGACUGGAUCCGUCAGCCACUGGCGCAUUCCCCUCGACGACGCCAGCGUGGACGGCCACGCGUGCCACUUCAGCGACAGGACCGCUAUCAUCGACACGGGCACCUCAUACAUGUUGCUUCCCCCGGAUGACGCAAAGACGCUGCACGAUCUCAUCCCCGGUGCCAAGUCGUCUGGAAAGCAAACUUUCGUCCUGCCAUGCGACUCGACUGUCGAUCUUCAGCUCACCUUUUCGAAAGUCAGCUACUCCAUCUCGCACAAGGAUUACAUCGGCGACAAGGCAACCGGGUCGAUGUGCCUUUCGACCAUCGUGGCCCACCAAAUGUUCGGAGACGACGAAUGGCUGGUCGGAGAUGUUUUCCUGAAGAACGUGUACACGGUGUUUGACUACGACGAGGACCGGAUCGGUUUUGCGACCAAGUCUUCUUCCUCGUCUUCUUCUUCCUCUUCCUCCUCGAGCUCGGCCUCACCCACCAAGACGUCCGACUCGGAUAGCUCCAACAGUGACGAUAAGGGGUCAAACACGAGCGACUCGCCCAGUUCGCCCAGUUCCAUGUUGGGUGUUAUGUUUUUGUUCUAG